GUUGAGCGCCAUCCAUCUUGGCUGUUGUGACCAUGGCUUUUCCUGUUCACAUCCAGAGGACAACGUUCUUCUACGCAAUCGGGAACACCCCUGCGGUGUGCCUCACCCAGUCCCUACCCCCUGACCAGGAUGCUGCUCUGUUAUUGUUGGGAUGCGGUGAUGUCCGAAGCAUUCUUUUCACCGCAUAUGCAGGCAUAGGUAGCGACCGAGACCUUGACAUAACUUGCUGCGAUAUCGAAGCAGAAAUCAUCGCGCGAAAUAUAAUCCUCUUCACUCUCAUCAUUGAUGACGUGAAGAGUGAGAAUAUUAAACGGAUCUGGGAUAUCUACUAUCACUUCCAAGUCGACGAUGAUUCUCUUGGCUUACUCCGAGAACAAGCGUCGAGGCUGAAAGGUAUAGCGAGUACGGCUGAGGGAUGGAACAACGGAAACUAUGGACACAUCCUUCGGUUUUGUGAUAGCUACACAUUUUCCCAGGUCAUGCGACUAUGGGACUUCUAUGCCCUGCAGCCAUGUAAUGGCUCAGCCUUUGAAGAGCAGCAGAAGCAGCUAAAGCAAGGCAUAGAAAAAGCGAAAAGUAUACAGGCUCAUGUCAUAGGGGAUGGUAUUGUUACAACAGGGGCACGAUCAAUGGCGCCUCUCUUCUCGAGUGGCAUUGAAGGUCUCUCGAAAUUUUAUAAAGAUUAUUGGAAAAACGGAACAACCGCGACGGACGAAGAACGCGUGAGGCAGAGCAAGAACCUUAACCCAAUGUUUGGAGCCCUGAGUAAAUCUCUAAUCCUGCACUAUGGCACGGAUCCCAUCCUUGGCUAUAGUCUUGCACCUGCUUUUGCUCCGCUUUCAGAACAGUCUCCCUUAAGCCCUGAUUCGCCUACAACAGGAGAACCGAACACCAUCAUUCGAGUGGUGACCGCUCAAUUCAAUGCUUACGCCAAAGCUGUUCGGAGAUCUGUGGGAAGGUUGACGAUCCGAUUUGUGAAUGCAGAUGCCCUGGCUUUCUGCCACACUCUCCAGCAUAUCCAGGAAUAUGGAACUAGCACACCAGCCUGGUGGUACCGUAGCACACAGUGCUAUACACCUCUCACGCUGGACUCUGGGGACUACUCACAACGGACGUCAAAUAGUCCCGCUCCUUUAUGCUUUGACAUUGUUGACACGUCGAAUCUGGUGGACCAUCUCGGAUGUCUUAAUUUGCUGGCUGCAGCUGGCCCUCUACUGAGCCCUAAACCCACCUCGACCCUGUCGACCGAGAUGCUUGUCCUCCGAGAAAGAGAUGUAGAUCAAUAUGCCAAAAGACUUGUUUGCGGAGAUCUUUCCACUGUCGCACUUUUGUUCGGCCUGAUCCCAACCCAAUACUGGACGGGGACAUGUGCUACCUCCUCUUUUUCUGAGUACCUAGCGAAUAGUCUCAAAAAGGAGGAUCCCUCGUCCAUGAAUACCCAAUCACGGUAUAUCCUUCUCUGGAAGAGCUUAGGACUCCCCUUGAAACCAAAAGGUGGACCUAGCAUAGAAGAGCGUGUUCCUGGCCUGUCCUUUGACCCGAAACAACUAGCCACGCUGAUGUAUCGAGUGUAUCUGAGGAUGUUUCAAGACGAAAGCUGGGUGAACACUCUAAGUAAAAGCCCAGAGCAGCAUUUAAGGUCGCCAUAUAAACACUAUACGCGCGCAAGCCUCGUUGCCAUUCUCGGGUUGAUACACGGUUCGGGAUCUGUCGACUGGAACGGCUUUAUAUCACGCCUCUAUGAACUUAUUGUAGAGGAUACUACAUUGAACAUGAGUCCACACUAUAUCCAGGAACUCAAUCUGCAUCUCCAUACAUUGGGGCUGCAUAAAUUGCCAGCUUACCAACUUUCUUCUCUUGAGGUAACUUACAAGGAGAAAUCUCCUUUUCGAAACUGGAAGAAUAUUCCUUCCACCUUAUGCCUCACCAUGGUCGUUCCGCGUCGGAAGAUAUCAGUUUUUGAGAAUGCAUCAGUCGACUCCGGAAGUCCAAGUGCUCAUAUCAUGUUGCAAUGCCGUCGCAACCAGCGUGAAAAUAUUUUCCCAGGAAUUCAACUUGGCUUCGGGAAAUUGAGAACCUCUGGGGCUAACCACACCGAAAGCCUAACGCUGAAAAUCGAAGAUGAUCCGCAGGGGUGGGAUGGCACAGCACCAUUGAUUGUCUCCGUCAUGAUCCCAUCUUGGUUGGUGUUUCAGUAUUCAGACCUAUCAACCAAAGUUAUCUUCGCGCUGAAGAGCACUCCUGCAGCCCUCUUCAAAUUUUGCGGCAAGCUUGGAAUGCUGCUAGAGAUAGCUCGAUCUACGAUUGCUGGCAAAGAUAUAUUUAUAACGAAGUACCGCCCAAAUAUGUCGGGUCAUAUGUCACUUUCCGCUAAUAUGGGUUCCACUGAAAGGGAGGCUGGUCCGUCAGAGUCGUCAAAGGAGUGUUUAACGGAGUCAGUUGCAGAGGAAACAAGCGUUCAGUUCCACGCUGCUCUCGACCCUAAUGAAUCAAAGCUUGCUAAUAUCACUGCGCAUGUCGACAUCUUCGCCGAGUCGUCCCGAGACAUGCUGCGUUCUGGGGCCGCAGUCAAAAUCUCGCAGAUUUCGCCAUUCGAACUCGCCAUCAUUUUUGAUUCAGGGCAAUUGGUCAAACAAGUGCGACUUCCGGUACCAAUAAACAUGGUUGGAAGCGUGACGAGAAUUGCGAGGAAAUCGUCCUAUGUCGAGUUUGUCGCUCCAGUCGCCCCGCAGGUGCUGCUCUCUCGCCGCCCUGACAGCCUGUACUUAGUGUCUGUGAAUCACGGAAUCCCUACCGUUCGCAACCCACAUUAUAUAUCGCUUGACCACCUACCGAUCCUCAAUACAUCUCAUCCGUUGAGACUUGGGUGGCUCACCCCACAUCUGGCGGACAUGUUUUCCGCGAAAGAGAGAAGUGAACGAGAUAAAAGCAUGGAGCUAUCCACUAAAUGUGAGAAUUUGCGUGCAAGGUUCAAGGAUUCGCUUUUCACCUUGUUCAUGCAAGUUACUGGAGCGCAAGGUGGAAUGAGUUAUUCGGUGUUUGGUUUGGAUAAUCGAGACAAUGGCGGAAUCCACGCCCUUAUCUUCCCAGCUUGCCUUCGGCUAGACAUGACAAACCAGACUGUUGUCCUUGAUGCAGCGAUGGUCCCGCUGACUGCCAAGAAUAUGCCAGAGUUGCGCCCGCUACUUAGGAGCAUUAAAAGCCCCAUGUGCAUCCUUGUGGAUGACGAGGAGUUUGUCUUGUGGAAACAUGCCCUUCCGGUGUUCGUGGAGCGAUGCCGUGACUGGAAACAUUCCAAGUCGUGCGAGUAUGGCAUCGUUGGCAAAAUUCCCAUCUCAGUAUCGAAUGGUCAACAAACAAUUUGCUCUUGUGGGAAAGGAAAAUUCCCUGAUGACUACCAGAUAAAGGCAUCUGCCCUGUGGAAACGAGUGUCUAAAUAUGCGGUCCGUGUUGCGAUUUCCCCUUGUUUUUCGGUACCUUUCGUCGAAAAAUCAUUUCAACCUGAGUGUCUGCCACCAAGGAAAUCCGUACGUGCGUUCGCAAAGCAAGAGGCCGACCGUACAAUGGACGCCGUAAAUCCAAAGGCGGGCGUAUGCUCCGCCUGUGGGAGGAAGGAAGCUGAAAAUGGCGGUGCGCUUUUGACGUGCAGUGGGUGCAAGUUUUCUCAAUAUUGCUCUAAGGGCUGCCAAGCAGAACACUGGAAGAACGGACAGCACAAGACUUUGUGUCGAUUGUAUCAGGGGCUCCAUACAACGACAUGAAAGACGAUUUUUCGAGAACGAGCAUUGGUUAUGGUAUUUUCGGGUAUCUUAAGUUUCGGGAAAGGUUGGCACUUGAUCAAGGUCAACGCGCAUAUCUUAAUUGUGAUUGAAAGAGUGGCGAGACGGUUUCAGGCGAAUAUGAGUGGCUCGAGGCAUUUCCCAGAUCUCUGCUGAGGAGGGUUGUCUAGAUGUGAUGUUAUAUUUGGUUAAAAAAAAGAAAAUCGAAAUCUUUGAAUGGAUUCUAUAACUAGCUGUGCGCCCACGCUCGCGCAAGGAUGAAGGGGACUGAGGCGGCACCCGUUGUCACC